UCGACUUACGACCUUCUCACUCAAGUGUACCAAAGUCCAAGACUCAACUCUCUCUUUCUCUUGAACAGCGCUACCACCUAACCUACUUUUCCGAUCCCAAUAACUUGAUUCCCUCACUAUAAGUAAACAUACAAAAUUUGUACGCUACUCAUAAGAAAAUCGUACAAGACUAUGUAUAAAUUACAAAAUUUGUACGCUCGGCGUGGGUUGGCUGUCAUGAAAUCCUUUAAAAAAAUUGGUGUGGCAUCGAAUUCCAGCUAGGUACAAAAAUACGAAAUUUAACAUCGACGAGGGUUCUCUUCGACUUGCAUUAUUAAUGCUGAUUUUAUUGACAAUAAAGGGAUUUUGUAAGAAUUCUGGACAAGUAAUUGAAAUAAUUAAAGUCUUUCAUAUCUGCUCAGUGAAUAUAAUAUGUCACUUGUUAGAUUGAAUUGGAACAUACCAAAUAAAAAGUAAAGAUUUACAAAAUUAUUGAUGAAUGUUUGGAGAUACUGCUACUGUAUACAGAAAUGAAGAAGAUAUUGAUUCAGCACUGAAUGAUUUGCUACCCAAAUAUAAUUCAAAGAGAGAAGAUAUAUUCUUAACUAGCAAACUUGAUUCACAAAGGGUUCGCCAAACUAUACAAAAUUCUUUGGAAGGUAAACUUUUGAAAUGUUUGACUGAUGAUCCUACAUUGAGAAUAACUAUUUGGUAUACUUUGAUUGAGCUGAAAAAAGAAUGCUUCUUGGGAUCAAUUGGUGUUUCUAAUUAUACAGUUAAUCAUUUAAAAUAUUUGAUUACAAAUGGCAAUGGUGUAAAACUAAAUGUUAACCAGGUUGAUUUUGAAACCUCGUGUUAUUGUAUUUUUAAAUAUGCAUUAUAUUCUUUAUACUGUUUGGUAGGUUCAGUGUCAUCUUCAUUGCGAAUAAGAGGAUCUUAUAGAAUACUGUGCAAAGCAAGGAAUUAUACCAAAAGUAGUGAAUUCUAAUCAUAUCAAAGAAAAUAUUAAGCUAGAUUUUAAAAUCAAUGUAAAUUAAAUGGAAUGAUUAUCAAGUUUACCUCAUGUAAAGUACUCUUGGAAUCCAAAUAACGUUAAUUA